AUGAGGUGUGGCAUCCUAAGUAACGGACGCCCACUGGGACUCCGAGCGUCCUGGCUGCUGGCAGAAAGCUGCGUCACCGGGGGCCCUUGUCUCUUAGACGCUGCCGCCCGAUCUCAUAUAUACCGGCCGUCCGUUGGAGACUCCACGGGACCCAAAGAAUUCGGCCCAAGCACUCUGCUUAGUGCAGCAAGAAACCUAUCCAAGGGUGCUACGGGCUUUCCCGUACCACUGGCAGGGGGCGCACCGUCUGGGGUGGGCGCAGCGUCUCCAGUGAUGGGAAUGAUGCCCCCGCAGACGGAUAUGAUGCCUCCGCCCCCGCCGAUGGGUAUGGCGCCCCCGCCGAUGGGUAUGAUGCCUCCACCGAUGGGUAUGGCGCCCCCGCCCAUGGGUAUGGCGCCCCCGCCCAUGGGUAUGGCGCCCCCGCCCAUGGGUAUGGCGCCCCCGCCGAUGGGUAUGGCGCCCCCGCCCAUGGGUAUGAUGCCUCCACCGAUGGGUAUGAUGCCCCCACCGAUGGGUAUGGGUAUGAUGCCCCCACCGAUGGGUACGGGUAUGAUGCCCCCACCGACGGGUAUGAUGGGCCCGGCGUCGCCGCCGAUGGGUAUGAUGCCACCAAUGGAUCCACGAGUGGGGCCGCCAAUCGGUCCAGCAAUGGGUCCGGGGGGUAUGCUGGAAGAGCGUCCGUUUACGAUGCAGGUGUCGCCUCUGGUGGAAGUGGUGCCUGCGGAUUUCAAGGUUCAGAACCUUGGUCGGGCGGCAAUGGAGUUCAAUAAUCCGUUGGUGCAGUGUCAGUUCAGUACGUUGACUGUGGAGACGAUUUUCAGGCCGUUAAUGGGCGCGGCAUUGCGGAUGCGUGUGGACUGGGAACGGGUGUGCGGCCGCAGUAUUUCGGACGCGGAAUGGAUUUCGUUCUUCACGUCCACGGCCUCCCGCGAUACGAACCGCCUUACCAACAUGGUCGCACGCCUAUACUCUUCUGCCGCCACUGGCGACCUACAUUAUGUUCACGCCUACCUGCUCGAGCUCGCCGCCGAAGGCUACGUCAUUGGCGCCGAAACGCGUCUCGCCGUACCCAACCGCAGUCAACAUGUCGACGUCGUCCAACUCAUCGGCCUCACCAUCGCUCGCGCAAUGCAACUCUCAAACUUCCUCAAGAUCGAUUCCGGUCCCCUCCUUUCAAACAAACUCGCAGAAAGUCGCGUAUAUAACCUGUAA